GCGAUUAUUUACUGCAGACACCUGGAGUUCUGGACAAACUUCUCACGCACAGAGAAAUGUUAUCUGGUGUAAGAAAUAAUAACAGGGUGCCAUUCCCAUGCUCUCAAGAUUUCUUGUGACUUUUUGUAUGAUGUAUAGGUCAACCAAAAAAUGUUAGCUGUCUUGUGUUUCUCACGCUCUCCUGUAUAAAUAUAAGAUGCUGAAUAAAGUCGUGGUCAGACUGCGUCCCUUCAUGGAGACGUGUCUGAACCUCUCGACCCCAUCUUUGCUGUAGUUUUCUGUAGUUUUCUUUCUCAGCCGCGCCAUGCACAUUCUCGGGACCUGAUCGACUUUGCCGGCUGGCACCGGCAGGUGGCGCCCGAACAGGGACUCGGGAAUCGGAGUGCGACGAUGGCCGCUGCCCGCCAAGAUCGAGAUAUUUUAAUUCAACAGGAUGUCUUUUUGUUGGGGAGUCAGGAUAUGCUGAUUAUGACAGUGGUUGGAGCCUAUAUAUUCCUGGAGUAACGAAAGAAUCUGGAACUCCUCAACGUCGCAAUGGAACUGGUCCUUUAGAUAUCCCUUCCUGCGACUUUGGAACAAGGGGAAGAGUCACUGCUGCACCAUGGAAACUGUGUCGAGAUGGAACUGCUACGGUUUAUAACAUAUUUGGGACAAAUGAGUCACUGUGGGACUGGUCUCCAGACUCGGCCCGAAACCCUGGAGCUCAGGACAAUAGAAACUUUGCAUCCCGUAUUUGGAACUUCGGCGGCUCUAAAGUGUUCCAAACAGAAAUCUGGAAACUAGCUGCCGCCCUUGGAUGUGAGGGUUCCUACCUUCAGGUGGGAUAGAAAGUGAGACACGGUUAUUUAUGGAAUCUCACCAUGAGGUACUCUCGUGCAUGUGUGCCUCACCCUUAUGCUUUACUAGUAGGAUCUGUAAAAAUACAACCUGGGUUACGAAAUUAUGAUGUAACUUGUAACAAUUGUACCUUAACUAACUGCGUCAGGGGAAUUACUAAUCAAACUAGGGUUCUAGUCUUAAGACAGCCUGCUUUUGUUAUGGUUCCUGUAAAGAUUAAUGGGUCUUGGUAUGAUGAAAGAGGACUUGAACUUUGGAGAGAAGUAGAGGGUGCUUUAAUGCGUUAUCGCAGGGGAAUAGGGUUAAUAAUUCUGGGAUUUGUAGCUUUGGUAACCCUUAUUGCCUCCUCCAUUACUGCAGCCCUAACCCUGGCAUACUUAGUGCAAACUGCAACUUUUGUUAAUAAUCUGGCACAAAAUGUAUCCGUUACCCUGGGGACUCAAGAAGAGAUUGACAAAAAGCUAGAGCAUCAAUUGAAUGCCCUUUAUGAUGUUGUAAAAUUUUUAGGUGAAGAGGUUCAAAGUAUAAAGUUGAGAUUACAGGUACAAUGUCAUGCUGAUUUUCGAUGGAUCUGUGUUACCCCAAAAAAAUAUAAUGAUAGUAUAACUGCUUGGGAUAAGGUGAAAGCUCAUUUAGAAGGUAUUUGGCAUAAUGAAAAUAUUUCCUUAGAUUUGCUGCAUCUACAUCAGGAAAUAAUGAACAUUGAACAUGCACCCAGACCUGAUUUGGAUGUUGCAAAAAGAGCUGAGUCUUUUGUUAAAGAACUUUUUCGACAUGUACCUACCGUCAAUAGUAUUUGGUACUUGGGAGCAGCCAUGGGAGGAUUAUUCUUAAUAAUUUUAACUGUUUUAUUUAUUGCACCUUGUUUAAUUAAAAAACUAAUUGAUGAUCUAUGGAUGAUAAAGGCUUCCAUCUAUGGAAAUGGUCUGCGGUUAAAGGAACAUAAGCGUGCGCCUAUAUAAAAAGAAAGGGGGAGAUGCGGGGAGCUGCCCGUGAGAACAGGGUCCUUUGUCCGAAGGACACAGCUCUGGGAGCUGCCUCAGUCUUUGAGGGUUUGCUUGCAAACAUAGCUCUCUGU